UGACUAAUGAGUAUGAGUGACUAAUCUGACAUAUCAGUGCUCUGAUAGAAUAUCCAGCUUGACCUUCUUCAAGAACAUUGCCUACUCAUUUUUAUCAAAUUCCCGCCAUUUUCAGAUUCUUCAAUCCAGGAAGUUCGUUUGAGAGCUUUCUUUCAUCUCUAUGGCCUUUGAAGCAGAAUCAGACUUUUCCAAGCAACUAAUCACCAGGCACAAAUGUUCUGCUUGCUUCAAGCAGUAUAACAAAAAGGAGCAUCUUGUUGAGCACAUGAAGGUCUCAUACCACUCAGUUCAUCAGCCUAGAUGCGGGGUGUGUCUGAAGCACUGUAAAUCUUUUGAAUCACUGAGGGAGCAUGUUAUUGGUCCAUUGCCAAAAGAAAGUUGUUCAAGGGUCUUCUCUGAACAAGGCUGUAAUCUUUGCUUGAAAGUUUUUGAUAGCCCCAUUUCUCUCGGUGAGCAUAAGAGAAGUUGCCGACUACCUGCACCUAGUCCUAUAGGAACCAUGAAAUUGCCAUAUUCAGACCCAAUUGUUGUAAGCCACAAUGGCAGAGGUCCUGGAGCAAUUGCCAUAGAUUGUGAAAUGGUUGGAGGUGGAGAUGAUGGAACGUUGGACCUUUGUGCGUUGGUGUGUCUAAUUGAUGAAGAUGAGAAUGUGAUUUUCCACACAUAUGUGCGUCCUCAAAUUCCUGUCACUAAUUACAGAUACGAAAUAACUGGGUUAACUGAAGAGCAUCUAAGAGAUGCCAUGCCACUAAAGUUAGUUCAAGAAAAAAUUUUGCAAAUUCUGUACAAUGGAGAAUCUAUUGUGAGGGCAAGGAUGCAGGGUGGAAAGGCUAGGCUUCUUGUGGGGCAUGCAUUGGAGCAUGAUUUGGAUUGCUUAAGAAUGACUUAUCCUGAUAACCUGCUGAGGGAUACGGCAAAGUACCCUCCAUUGAUGAAAACAAAUCUGGUUUGCCACUCACUCAAGUACCUCACCCAAAAAUAUCUAGGGUACAAUAUCCAGACAAGCUUUCAUGAUCCAUAUGUAGAUAGUGUGUCUGCAAUGAGAUUGUACAAGAGAAUGCGUGCCCAAGAUCAUCCGAAUGAUGCUAGUGAGAUAUCAACUGAUGCCUACAAAUCCCAAAACGUUACCAGCAAAUUUGAUUCUUUAAGAGCUAAGGAACUUGAGCAGAUGAGCCCAGAUGAGCUAUAUGAAAUUUCAAGACCAAACUAUAAAUGUUGGUGUCUGGACUCAAGCCAAGCAAUACAGCCAUAGCAAUUGAUUUCUUUCAUCUAUCAGACUCGUUGAUCUUCUCAGAGCAUGGAAGGCUAUCAUUUUUUAAUUACAUUUUAUUGAGGUUGGAGAGGAAUAUAGUUUCAAAGUAGCCCAUUCUUAGGAAUAGAUUGGUGUUGGAGCUAUAGUAGGAGUUCUACAUAUUCGGAGGGAUCUUACUAGGGUGUUAAUAUUGUUUGAUACUUUCCACAAGAAAAAAUAAAAAUGAAGAACUUGCUGUGUAAA